AUGAAAGCGAAGAUUCUCUGGCUUCGAGUGAAUUCGUUGCGCGUCUGUGCGCUCUUGAUUUCCUAUCCCAAUCUGCUCCUCACGGCUCUAGCUACCAGCGCACUCGUCUGGAACCAAUAUUCUCUUCUGACGCCUAUUCGAUACGUACUCAACCCACAAUUUCAUCUUACCACUCCACUUCAGUCUGGGCUUUUGUAUAUUGCACCGGGAGGUGGCUAUCUCCUUGGUACUAUGGGCGGUCGCUGCGCAGACUACAUGGUGAGGAAGUGGAUCAAUAAGCGUAGCGGUGUGCGCGUUCCAGAAGGUAGGCUCAAGUCAUGCCUCCCUUUCAUGAUCAUGAUCAUUCCGGCGUGUGUGCUCAUCUAUGGCUGGACGGUCGAAAAGCGCCUAGGCGGGAUCGCUGUUCCGAUUGUGGUCAUGAUUCUACAAGGAGUCGCACAGCUGCUUUCCCUACCCAGUUUGAACACAUAUUGUCUGGAUGUCAUGCAACCAAAAGGGCGCAGCGCGGAGGCCGUGGCUGGUAAUUAUUGCUACACCGACCCUGCCCUCGGCACGGAGCACGUAUGGCAUUUCAACUCGACCCUGGAUAGCGACUUAUGGGACAUGCAAGCCGGAAAACCCACGUAUACCAAAGACGGCGCAGACUUCUCCAUUGCCAGCAAAGGAUAUUCAAUUCUUUUGGUGUCCAACUUCUACAUCUUCUUUGGCGUAAUGGAGGCGCAUGUCAAAAUGGCAAAGGGUGCGGGUAUAAUCAGCAGCGUUAUUCUCCAGUCCGAUGACCUGGAUGAGAUCGAUUGGGAAUGGGUGGGAUAUAACACGAGCUCCGUGCAAUCAGAUUUCUUUUGCAAGGGCAAUACAGCAACAAGUGAUCGUGGCGCAUUCCAUGCCGUCGACAACGCCGAUACCGAAUACCACAAUUACACCUCUUACUGGGCUCAAGAUCGGCUUGAAUGGUGGAUCGAUGGAAGUUUGGUGCGGACUGUGAACUUCUCGGAUCCACUGGCUGCUUAUGGGAAGAAUUAUCCGCAGUCGCCCUGCCAGGUGAAAUCGCAGACACCGUUCACGAUGAGUGUACAGAAGAUCCGGGUGCAAGAUUUUCAAGCGGGAAAAGAAUAUACGUAUUCUGAUCAAACUGGUUCUUACGAGAGUAUCAAGGUUAUCAGUCCAAAUACAAAUUCCACUGCUGUCAAAAACAUCAACAAAUCGCCGCCGCAGAGUCUGUCAGAUAAAUGGAAUCAUCUAUCCAAGGGCACUCACAUUGGGAUCUUUAUUGCUGCUGCUGCAUCAAUCGUUAUAUCGCUAAGCGCUGUCGGCUCUGGUGUGCCAGGCAGCGACGGAAGGGUCGUCUACAACGAGCCCUUGAGGAUUCUCACCGGGCUGAAGAGCUCCAAGCAAUGGAAGAUUAUCAGAAAUGGGGUCAAACAACGUGGAGACAGGAGAGCUACCGUCGAAUGA